CUCUCCCUCUCCCUGUGUCCCUCGCUUUCUCUCUCUGUCCUGCUCCUGGCGGAGCUAGGGCGAGGUGCACGAGAGGGAGUACAUGUAAAACAAGGUGAAGACGGUAUGAAGGAGGAGAUGAACAAAGUGAAACGCUUUGGUAGCUACAAUCAAUUUUUUCUGUUUGACAAAGUGAUUAGUUCGGAGAGAGACCACACUCACACACUAAACUGGAGGGGCGUCACUUCUCAUUCUCAUUUCUCCGUGGAAUUAUGACCUACCUACUCCGUCAAUUCGGGGACUGGACUACCUGCGGCGUUCUUUAGAGUACCUGCUGUGAAUGUUUAGAGGCUCAAACAACUCGAUCACGCCCCCCCCCCCCCCCCCCCCCCCCAAAAAAAAACCGUUGGAAAGAAAAAGAAAGUUAUCUAGUAUCUCUGCGGCAAAAUUGGACAGUUCAGUUGUUUAAAGGCUCUGUAUGACUUCUAGCGUGUUUGAAAAACUGUUGCGGUAUGGCCUAGAUAGACGACGUGAUUAUGACUGUCCAGCCUGCGUUCGGAGCUUUGCCAAUGAUGGAAUGUCAUGACUAGCAUAUCGGAAUCCGAAUCAACACCGAAGGAAUAGUGACUUGAUUCUGGAAUCAAACGGUUUUAUUAACUAUCUGAAGUAUAUUAGAGUUGGGGAUAUAGGCCUUGCGUUCUGGGUUUAACAUCGGAUCGAAAACUAAAGAUAUCCCGUAUCGAGUAUUGGGAGAAGAUGAGUGGGGGAGCAGACGUGGUGUGCCAAGGCUGGCUGAGGAAGUCCCCCCCCGAAAAGAAGUUACGGCGCUAUGCAUGGAAGAGGCGUUGGUUUGUUCUGAGGAGUGGUCGAAUGACCGGUGAUCCAGAUGUUCUAGAAUACUACAAACACGACCAUGCACGCAAGCCCAUACGCACCAUCAACAUGAGCCUCUGUGAACAGGUGGAUGCUGGUCUGACCUUUAACCAGAAGGACCUGGACAGUAGCUAUGUGUUUGACGUUCGUACACUGGACCGGGUCUUCUAUCUGGUGGCUGACAGUGAAGAAGAUAUGAACAGAUGGGUUAGGUCUAUCUGUGACCUAUGUGGGUUCAACCCUACAGACAGUGAGAGACCUGCUGUCAUCGCCCAAAGCACUGUUGUCAAUGUUACCACAGGCCACACCUCUGUCUCUAUGGCAACCAGCACCAUCACAGCCCCGCCCCCACACGAGUCGGUCAGCAGUCAGGAAGAUGGAGGAACAGACUAUCUGUGGCUCUCACACUGUCAGAGCAAAACACCUCAGAGGCCUCCAGUAGGCUCCACCUCCUCUGAUACAACAGACAACAGUGACAACACUCUCCUUUCCCACUGGGCCCUGCCCUCCUCCUCUUCCUCCUCCCUGGUUAACGGCCACCCAUCCCAACCUCGCCCCCACACCGCCCCCUGGGCUGUCGCCAAGGAGAUCAACCAUUUCAACCACUCACAAGACAGCGCAGCAACCCCUGACCUCUAUAGGGGCUGGACAAGGGGUCACAUGUCCCCCCACCCGAGGAAACAUUCCCUACAGCUGCAGGCUGUGUCACUGCCAUCCAUAUGUAAUGACAUGGUCUUCACCACAGGGGGCGCCACCACUAUAAACACUCAGUUGAACAGUUCUAAUAAUAGUAGCUACCAGGUUCCCAGAGCUUCAUCUGUUUCUUCAGUUGGCUCAGACCCUCCAAGUCAAGGGGACACUUCCUCCACACCGCCACCACGCCCCCCAAAACCCCUCGCCUCUGCCCCAGCGGAUUCAUCUUCUCUAGGCAGUGUGUCGGCCCUGGUGCCCCAAACAACCUCAGAAACAGACUGGAGCCAUGGAGGAAGAGGAGGAGAGAGAGGAGCCCGAGGCUCUAGCUGUAGUAGUGUGACAAGCCCAGACUGUUGCCAUGCAGCUUCUCAGGAGAGUCGCUCAGUCCCAAGGCCCGUGUCAGAGCAGACUGGGCCCAGCAUGUUUGACUUCACUGACAGCUUCAACAGCUACUUUAUUAAUAAGGGCAUGGUACCGUUGAGUGGACAGACGAAUGACGAUGACAUGGAUGAGAACUACGUUCGCAUGAGCGCCUCCAACCCCUCCCUCACCUCCUCAUCCUCCCCGUCUUCCCUCCCACCCUCCUUGCCCGAACCUCCCCCUGAGGACACUAGCUAUGUCUCGAUGACCCCCUGCCCAGGGGAGCUUCCCGCCCUGGGGAGACAGGUACCCCCACCGGCACACCUGGUGUUCCGAUCCUCCCCCGUCACCCACCACACGCCCCCGAUCCGCAGACACACCUCUGGAGGGGGAAUGGGGAGGGGGAGGUGUGACUUCCAACCUCCACCCAUCCACCGCAACCUCAAGCCGCGAAAAGUUAAACCGGCUCCCCUGGACAUCAAACCUCUGCAGGAGUGGGAGGAGCUACCUGCGCCAGUACGAUCACCGGUCACUCGGACCUUCACCCGGGAUCCAUCCAGCUGUUCCUUGUGUCCGCCGGGUAGACCUGCCUCCUGUCCAAGCUCCGCCUCCAGCUCGGACUCUGAAGACCCAGACGACAACUAUGUCGCCAUGAUAACCUCCAGCCUCGCCACUCCUGCUGUUGAGUCAAAACCAUGUGACGAAAGUCCCAUGGUCCAACGGCGUGACGAAAGUCCCAUGGUCCUACGGCGUGACGAAAGUCCCAUGGUCUUACGGCGUGACGAAAGUCCCAUGGUCCAACGGCGUGACGAAAGUCCCAUGGUCCAACGGCGUGACGAAAGUCCCAUGGUCCAACGGCGUGAUGAAAGUCCCAUGGUCUUACGGCGUGACGACGGCCCCAUGGUCCUACGGCGUAACGACGGUCCCAUGGUCCUACGGCGUGAAGACAGUCCCAUGGUCCUACGGAGGCCCCGGGGGGACAAACAGGUGGAGUACCUGGACCUGGAUCUGCACACUGGUGGAGUGGCCACGCCUCCUCGACAGAAAAGGAGUGUGUUGGGUGGUUCCAUGGGUUCCAGCGACGGUGAGCGUUCACGUGCACGUGUGGACUACGUGGUUGUGGAUCCAGAGAGAACCAGAGCUCUAAAGAGUACCAGAGAGGCCUGGCAUGAUGGGAGACAGUCGAUCGAAAAGGAAAAAUAAAACACACAAAAACGCACAUAUGAAACAUGUGCCCAUCCUUUAUAUCUCCAUAUAAAUAAUUCUGACAGUAAGGUGUUUCUGUCAAAUAAUCUGUGAAAUAUGAGACAGACACACACACACACACACACACACACACACAAACACACACAGAAGCAAACACACAGGCACAGCUGCAUAAUAUACAAAUGUAUCAUUAUACCACUUUACACAACGUAAGAAAUAGUUUAAAGACUAACAUGGAAAGUUCUCUGUACUUUUUUCUGUAGUGUCUGACAUGUUUGAUCUUAAGCUUUUACUGUUAAAAACAUGAUGUGACAAUCACAUGCUACUGCUGAAAAACUGAUGUGAUAAUCACAUGCUACUGUUACAAAUAUGAUGUGACAAUCACAUGCUACUGUUACAUUCACAAAUGACGUGAUGUUACAUGUAAGAAAUCAAAGUUCUCAUUUCAAAUAAAGUCAAUACAUUUGUGACAA